AUGUUUCUGCACUCUUUUCCCCAGGCGGCUUUGCUGUGCCUCGCGCUUCACCUGCCCAAAGUCGCGAACGCCGAAGCCAAACGCGACUGGGGUUUGGCUGCCGCUCCGCCGCCGGCGCUUUUCCUUCGCCGCGCGUUUGCAACCGUUGCGGUCCUUGGCGACUAUGCCUACAUCGACGGCGGCGAGGUAUCCCAGCUCGACGCGGAUGGCAAGCCUAUCAAAUCGUACCCGUCCAACGGAAUAAACUCCACGUUGUCGAUCGACCUGUCGGAAUCAUGGUCCGCGUCCGAAGUGAAGAUCAGGGAACUCCCGAAACAACCGCAGGUGAGGAACAGACAGGGCCUCUGGAAGAGCGAAGCCACCAGCACGCUAUGGAUCUGGGGUGGCAGCUCUGUCAACGGCGCACCGAGAGAGAACACUGAGUCGUGGAAGUUCGAAGCAGACGGGCAGGGAGGCGGGAAGUGGUCCAGAGAGGAUCCGAUGAACCCGACAUUCUUUUCCGAACUGCGGAGGAGUGCUGAGGGCGCCUUUGCGAGCACCGAAGACGCCGGGUUCUGGUUCGGAGGACGAGCAAUUGGCCGGAUGAACCGAGACAAAGACCCGUAUGUCCAGCCUGUGCCUGGCAUCUUGUCGUACAACAUGACGACAAAGACCUGGGCGAACGAGACGACCAACGCCUUCUCCGAGAACGGCACCGUAAGCGGAGGCAACGCCCUGUACAUCCCGACCUUUGGGCCCAACGGGUUGGUCACGCUCCUGGGCGGCUCGACCUGGGGCUUGGAUGUUAACCCGGGGCCGCUCACAGGCUGGUUGGACUUCAACAAUCUCACCUUCUUCGAUCCGGUCACCAGGGAUUGGUACUGGCAGAAGACAACGGGAAACGCCCCAACGGCACGGCAAGACUUUUGCAGCGUGGGCGCGAACGGCACGAACGGGACGUAUGAGAUCUUCGUAUUUGGUGGGACCAACACCGUCAAUACCUACGACGACGUCUUCGUCCUUAGCUUGCCGGGGUUCGUGUGGACCCAGGUCAUCUACGACGCGACGAAUCCCCGGAGGUUUCACACCUGUGCCGUCGUUGGACGCAGGCAGAUGCUGUCGGUGGGAGGAUCGGAUGGCCAGACGGGAUGGUCGGGGGUCGACCCCUGGCCUCAGGGGCUGGGCUUGUUCGACAUGACAGAUUGGGUCUGGAAGACCGACUACGAUGCAAAUGCGAAGGAUUACGAGACUUCCAGCGUGAUAAAAGACUGGUACAAGAAAAAUGACGCCAGUUCUAUUGAGUGGUCUUCUGACAGAGUGAAGGCUCUAUUCAACCAGACCAACUCCAAGGCAUCUGUAGACCGGAACGAAAGCGCGAAAAACGAUGAAAAGAGUCCGAACUCUACGGUCCCGGCAACCGCAAUUGUUGGGGCCGUUGUUGGAGCCGUUGUCGGCGUCAUCAUCGGCCUCGCCUUGCUCUGCUUCGUCCGGCGCCGCGCUCGGAAGAAGGGGACCGCGUUUGCCAAAGACGACGUGGGAGCCACGUCCCAGACGCAUUACGAGGCUCUUCCUCCCGCCGAACUACACGCGCCCACAGAGCAAACUGAACUCGACAGCAGACCGAUUCCGGGGCAAGAGCUCUGUGUCCCUGUGCUAAAACCUGAAAUGGCGGGCAGCGAUGGCCAUCACUACACGGUGACGGAGCUGGAUGCCCAGCAGGGUUUACUAGGGAGGGAUGAUGAAGAUCAGUACAAAUAUAGGCAACAUUUACGAUAA